GGUUUAUCUAUUAAUCGGGUAUCUAAAACCGGCUUAUACUUCAUUGUGAUUUAUAGUUCAAUAUUAACCCCAUUUCAACCACUGGUUGAUGCGUAAAUAAAUCUUCAUCUGCAAUCUUUCCUCCUGGAUCAAGCAUUAUUGGUUUUUGUUCCGUUUAUGCAAGUAGCAAGUGAAUGAUGUUGGUAAUCAUAACAAAGUAACAUUACUAGUGUUUCGUCAAUUCAUCACAUAUUGUUUUCUCAGAUUCUGUUGUAUUGUUUUGGAUUUACUCAACUCAUUUUCACCGGGUAUUGAGGACCAGUACAUUUUCAAAUACUAUUGUUGACCUUUAAACUACUGUUCAACAAGUUGAGUAAUGACAGUUUCGUCCUUAGUACAGAAUGAUCAAUUCAUAAAUAGUCGUCGAUUUCAAGUCACAGCUAAUUCAUUCAGUUUUAAUCGUCAGUAUGCACAGAUCUAUGUGGCACGUCUAACUGCAGCUAAGAGAGUGUUGACAGUGUUGGCUGAACAGAAAUGGUCUACUUCAUCCGCAAAAUCUGGAGCCUCGCGUUUCCCUGUUCGAUCAUUAGCUGACUUGAACAGCGAUGAAAAAUGCAUAAUAAUUGGCACACUUUUCAAGGAAAUGCGUUUAAAACCUAGUGUACUACAUGACAUUGCAGCGGUGGAAAUUGAAAACAUCGAAUCAGAUAACCGAAUUUCUUCAACGGAUACUCAAUCGUUGGUUCAUCUCACGUCGGAUGAUGAUGUACUUUUUCUUGAAGAUGAAGUACAACGUAUUUCUUUGAGCUUUUGUGGUCAGAUUUCAAAACCUUGGUCUCCAGCUAAUCUGGUUACAGGAGUUGUAAUAGCAGCCCUCGGUUACGAGCCUGAAUCCCAACCAGGCUCUUUCAUUGUCGAAGAUAUGUUGUUCAUGGAGCCCCAACCUGAAAAACCUAUUAUUGUUCAAGAAAUUCCUUCUAUUGACGUUAACAUAACAGCUUUUCGCAAUUCUGGACCUUGGAUCGGUGUCGUUAGCGCCUUAGGAUUUGCAGGUAGUGGCCAUGUGAAACCGGGACAUUCAAUGGCUCUUCAACUGCUUGCCGACUGGAUGCGUUGUGCAGGAGACUUUGAUGGUUCAUCAGAGUCUCAUACUGAUUCUGGUUUGAUACAUCUUCUGAUUUUAGGAGACUCAAUUCAAGCAUCAAAGUUGAGUAAAGAUAACGAUGGUGAUAAGUGCACCCCAGCUGUACGUCUUACACAGCGUGCUCGCUACUUAACUCGUAACGCCGAUGCAGAAACUGUUACCGCUAUGGCUCGUUUUGAUCAAUGGUUAUCCACUCUUCCUAUAGGACCAGGAUGUAAAAAUAAUGGCACAAAUUCUAAUGGUAUAUCUAUAGAUUUGUUGCCAGGACCAUCUGAUCCUUCUUCAGUGCUUAUGCCACAACAACCAAUUCAUUCGGCUGCUUUACCUUGUGCAGUUUCUCGUUCCGGUGGUGUUGGAAGUGGAAAUUUAUGUGGUCGAACAAAUCCUUAUAGUUUUACGUUGAGAAACCGAAAUAUUCUGGCUACUUCUGGUCAAGGUGUAAAUGAAUUAUAUAGAUAUACGAAAUUAGAGAAUGCUUGUGACCGGAUGGAAGCUACCUUACUUUGGGGUCAUUUAGCACCUACUUGUCCUGAUACGCUGGGAGGAUAUCCAAUGCUCACUACCGACCCACUUCUUCUCCGUUCGUCUUCCGUUUCAGCUGCUCAAAACUUUAGUCCUGACUAUCCUGAUAUCUAUAUAGCUGGUUGUCAACCUGAGGAUCAACCAUCUUGGAGACGUGCUCGAUUAAAAUGGAGUGAAGUGAUAGAUAAAAAUAAUUCUGGUUGCUUAUUGGUAUCUGUACCGCGUUUUGAUUCAACAUUCUCUUUUGUACUUAUCAACCUAAAGUCACUUGAUUGUCGUGUAGUUCGUUUUGAUUCAAGUUUGUUAGAUGAAGAAAAUUAAUGUUCAGAGCAUAAAUAUAUCGUUUUGAUUUUGUGUA